ACCUAGUUGUCACUACUGCAUAUAAAUCCUCCAGAUACGUAAGGACGGCCUGCUAGUGCUUCACCUUCACAUAUUGCACAAAUUUAACCUCAGCUUCAGCUUCAUCACUGCCAAAUCGCCUCUCAAGCGCCAUGCAUCCCCCACUACUACAGCUGUCGACCUAACCUUGCCACCCAACUCUCCUCUCCCUCUCUCUCUCUCUCUCUCUCUCUCUCUCGCGCGCGCGCGCGCGCAAGCGAGCACACAAACCCUACCACGCCGAAAGCCAUGACCAUGAACACACCACGGCCGCGGUCGCAACCACCACCUCCUCAUCCUCCACUGUUCAAGCCAACCACACCUCCCCCACCACCACUCCUCUCCACCUCCACCUCCACCUCCCCUCCCCACGACUUCUCCUUCGCCCACUACCUCUCCUCCCCGCCUCCGUCCGUCCAACGCCGCGGUCGCGCCGACAUGUCCCGCACACCACCCCUCGGCCGCGUCGGCAGCGACCUCAGCCACAACAACUACUCCUCCAAAGCAAACCAGCACCGGCAAACCGGAAGCAGCAGCAGCAGCAAGGAGAAGGACAGGGAGUACAAGGCCAAGAGCAAGGCGUCGUCGCCUUUCUUCUCCGGCCUCGGCGGCUCGUGGAGGUCAGGCUUGAGCAGAGACGAGGAGGUGAAGAGGAAGGCGAAGGCGAAGACGAGAGGGCUGGACGUGGGGCAGUGGGUGAAGAAGUACAUGGCGUCCAUGGUGGAGCACCUGCUCGCCUCCUUCUCCCGGCACGGCGGCGGGGAGAGGGAGAAGCGGGAGCAGCAGCGGCGGAGGCCGCACUCGUUCUCGGCGCACGGCCCGAGCGCCCUGAGGGAGCAGCGGGAGCGGUGGAGGCGGCGGCGCGGGCAGCUCUCCUCGGCGCCGGCGUCGCUGCGCGCGUCGCCGGUGAACAGCGGCCACCUCUCCGUGGGCGGGUCGGUGAAGGUCUCGACGUCGUCGGAGGAGAGCACCAUGGAGGAGCUGCAGAGCGCCAUCGAGGCCGCCAUCGCGCACUGCAAGAACUCCAUCACCGUGGCCAAGUGAAUCGAUCGAUCGAGGCUAGUGUGUAAAAUGUAAAACUGUAAAUGCGUGGUACGGAGAUGCACAUGUGCCGAUCGCCAUGCGUGUCGCGCGCGCGCGCACACGACACGUACGAGAGCAUAUAUUGAUCAGGUUUUCAGUAGCUUUUGCGAGCUUCAGAAAAAAUCACAGAUUCGAUACUCUCUCUUGUUCAUGUGUAAAGAUGUAAGAACAGAUGGAUGACAAUAUUCAAGCGCUAUAUAUACGGAUAAUAUGUCUUGAUUUGCAA